AUGUGGAGAGACUCGGUGGGGAUUAAAAUACUUCAUUCUGAUAAGAGGAUCAUUGAUGUGCAAGUGAAAUGGCAGGAUAAAGUUUUCUAUCUGUCGUGUAUCUAUGGUGACCCUGUUAGAGGUGCAAGAGGAGGUGUUUGGGAAAGAUUGACAAGGAUAGGGAUCUCUAGAAGUGGACCAUGGAUGUUAACAGGCGAUUUCAACGAAUUGGUGGAUCCAUCAGAGAAGAUAGGAGGGCUGAGAAGAGAGCUGGCAACAUGUCUGGAAUUUCAACAAAUGCUUCGAGCAUGUGGCCUUUGGGAGAUCAAACACAGAGGUUAUCAGUUCUCUUGGUUCGGGAACAGGAACGACGAACUGGUGCAGUGCAGAUUGGACAGAACAGUUGCAAACCAAGAAUGGUCUAAGUUAUUCCCACAAGGACAAGCCACCUAUCUUAAGAAAGUAAGUUCGGAUCACAGUCCAUUGAUAAAUUCUCUGAUGGGUGAAAACUGGAGGAAAUGGGCUAGCUUUAAAUAUGAUCAGCGAUGGGUGCAAAGGGAAGGCUUCGUGAAUCAUUUCAAUCAAGUAUGGAAUUCAGAAGAAGUGCGACAAGCGGAUUCUUUAGUCGCAAAAAUAUCUUUAUGCAGAAAAGGUAUAUCAAGAUGGAAAAGACAGAGUAAGCUAAAUUCUGCGAUUAGAAUCCAGUCUUUGCAUCACCAGAUUGAUCUUGCUACCCAACAAAGGCACUCUAACCCAGAAGAAGUGCAUCGGCUCAAACAAGAUCUUAAUGCAGAACAUCUUCGAGAAGAAAUCUUCUGGCAGCAAAAGAGCCGAUCUAGUUGGUUGAACAAUGGGGACAAAAAUACCAAGUACUUUCAUGCAACGACCAAAAAUAGAAGAGCCCAAAACAGGAUCCAAAUUUUAGAAGAUGAUGAAGGUAAACAAUGGUCUGCUGAUAAAGAUCUUGGAAGAGUGGCUGAGCAGUUUUUCCGGAAGUUGUAUACUUCUGAAGAUGUGGGAUAUAAACUGCAGAUGAUGUCAGAGAUAAUUCCUCUUAUUUCCAGGGAGAUGAAUGAGUAUCUUCUGACUGAAGUAACAGUGGAGGAGGUUAAAAGAGCUGUUUUUGACAUCAAUCCAAAUAAAUGUCCAGGCCCAGAUGGAAUGACAGGUUUCUUUUUCCAACAGUUUUGGGAUGUCAUUGGCGAGGACAUAGUUAAUAUGGUCAAGACGUUCUUUCAAUCAGGCAAAUUGGAGAAGGAUAUUAACAGAACAAACAUCUGCCUGAUUCCAAAGAAGUUGAAAGCAGUGAAGCUUGCGGAGUUCCGGCCAAUAAGUCUAAGUAAUGUGGUGUACAAAAUCAUCAGUAAGGUGAUGGCAAAGCGCUUGACGAGUCUAUUGCCAGACAUCAUUUCAGAAACGCAAGCAGCUUUUAUCAAGGGAAGACUUAUCACUGAUAAUAUCCUGAUAGCUCAUGAACUCCUUCAUGCGCUUAGCUCAAAUAAUAAAUGUGCGGAGGAGUUUAUAGCCAUCAAAACUGAUCUAUCAAAAGCUUUCGAUAGAGUUGAGUGGCAGUUUCUAGAUGAUGCUAUGCAAUCCUUGGGCUUCUCUGAACAUUGGCGGGCUAUGAUUAUGGAGUGUGUGAGCAGCGUUCAGUAUCAAGUCCUCAUUAAUGGGUCCCCCUCAAAUAAUAAAUGUGCGGAGGAGUUUAUAGCCAUCAAAACUGAUCUAUCAAAAGCUUUCGAUAGAGUUGAGUGGCAGUUUCUAGAUGAUGCUAUGCAAUCCUUGGGCUUCUCUGAACAUUGGCGGGCUAUGAUUAUGGAGUGUGUGAGCAGCGUUCAGUAUCAAGUCCUCAUUAAUGGGUCCCCGUAUGGAGAUAUUCGACCAACAAGAGGCCUCCGCCAAGGGGACCCAUUAUCACCAUACUUAUUCCUCAUUUGCACCGAAAUGCUAGUUAAGAUGUUCCAGCAUGCUGAGAAUAAUGGAAAGAUAACUGGAUUGCAAGUUGCAAGAGGUUCUCCUCCUAUCACCAACCUCUUAUUUGCUGAUGAUAGCAUGUUUUACUGCAAGAAAUCAGACUCAGAGAUCAAUCAAGUAAUCAGUAUUAUUGAGGAGUACAGUCUUGCAUCGGGUCAGCGGGUCAAUUACGAGAAGUCCAGUGUGUAUUUCGGGAAGCUUAUCCCAGAUGAGGAACGAGGGAAUAUCAAACAUAAUCUGGGGAUAAAUCAAGAAGGAGGGGAGGGUAUUUACCUUGGAUUACCGGAAUCAUUUAAGGGUUCCAAGGUUAAUACGCUGAGCUAUCUCAAGGAGCGCAUGCAUCAAAAGGUCAACGGAUGGCAAUCUCUGUUCUUGUCACCCGGAGGAAAGGAAGUUCUUUUAAAGGCAGUAGCCAUGGCUUUGCCAACACACACGAUGUCAUGCUUUAAGCUUCCCACAGCAAUAUGCAAGCAAUUGACUUCUGUAAUGUCAGAUUUCUGGUGGCAAAACAAACAGGAUUCGAGAGGUAUGCACUGGACUGCCUGGGAGAAACUGAGUAAGCCAAAAGCUGUGGGAGGACUAGGCUUUCGAGAUAUUGAGGAUUUCAAUCUCGCGUUAUUGGGGAAGCAGCUUUGGAGAAUGAUCACACACAAGGAUUCUUUGCUCGCAAGAGUUUACAAAAGUCGCUACUUCAAGCACUCAGACCCUUUGUCUGCCUCUUUAGGGAACCGACCCUCUUUUGCCUGGAGAAGUAUACAUGCUUCACAAAAGAUAAUCAAACAAGGAGCGAGAGCAGUAAUAGGGAAUGGAGCAAGUGUUAACAUCUGGCAGCAUCAGUGGGUCGAAGAAAAACCAAGUAGAGGAAUCAGUCGGAUGAAAGUGAUCCCUCCACAAUUCCAGCGGAUAGCCUCUUCAGUGAAUUCUGUGCAGGAUCUACUACUACCUUCUGGUAAGGAUUGGAAUGAGACCCUAUUAGAACUUUUGUUUGAGGAUGCGGACAGGGUUUGUAUAAGGGGAUUGAGACCGGGUAGUGCAACCACCAAAGAUGUCUAUGCAUGGGAUUACUCAAGGUCCGGUCAUUAUAGUGUCAAGUCUGGGUAUUGGGUAGCAACUCAGGUGAUAAAGGGGAAGGAUCAACCUCAAUUUGUGCUUCAGCCCAGCUUGGAUCUCUUAUACCAACAAAUAUGGAAGCUGGAUGCACCGCCAAAACUACACCACUUUAUUUGGAGAUGUAUAAGCAAUAACCUCUCAGUUGCAGGGAACCUAUACCAUCCCCACAUAUCAAGAGAGGCAAGCUGUAUCCGAUGCCCCAACGCUAGAGAAUCAACAAAUCAUCUCUUGUUUACAUGCCCAUUAUCCAGACUAGUUUGGGCAAUCUCUCCAAUUCCUGCUCCUCCGGAGGGUGAUUGGUCAAACUCGAUAUAUGCUAACCUGUUCUGGGUUUUUAAUUACCAUAAGGAGCUCCCCUCUCAAGAGAACCUCUCCUCUCUAUCUCCUUGGAUUCUCUGGAGAAUUUGGAAAAACCGCAAUAAUCUCAUCUUCAAGGGCAGAGAAUAUGAGGCAAUUAGUUUAAUCAACAAGGCCAAAGAGGAUGCAGAAGAAUGGAGUCAAAGGUUGGAGCUAAGAGGUAUAAAACAUCCUAACCCUCCAGGUUCCCUUAACCGGAAUAAAUGGAUCAAACCAUCGCAGGACUGGGUCAAAUGUAACUCCGACGGAGCCUGGCCCCAUGAUGGUGACACAGGAGGAUUAGGAUGGGUUCUUAGAGAUAACAGAGGCAAAAUAUUAUGGGCAGGGGUAAGAUUGGUGUCAAAGACACGAACUGUAUUGGAGAUUGAAGCUGAAGCUUUCAGAUGGGCGGUGAUAAACUUAGUUCGUCUCCAAUAUCCCCGGGUCAUAUUUGAGUCUGACUCUCAGACACUGGUAGACCUGCUAAAUGGGGAAGGAAGUAGGCCAACUAUUGAUCCAAUUGUGCAAGAUAUCAGGCAUCAUCUUCCCCUCUUCGACCAGUGCAAGGUGGUUUUUAUUAAGCGAUCUGGUAAUGGUGUAGCCGAUAGGAUAGCUCAGGAAUCACUUUCUUUUCAGAACUUUGAUCCUAAGUUGUAUGCUAUUGAGCCAAGCUGGUUAAAAUCUUUGGUGGAUGCAGAUAUUGUAUAA